UUUGGCUCGAGUUUCCCCUUUGUUGCACCAGCCGCGCCUGGUGCAGGCGGGGUUGGACUGUCCAACUCGCAGCCAUGAUCAAUUUCAUCCCGAAGGCGCAUCCCUCGGUGGCCCUGCUAUACGGGAAGCGGCCGCUGCAGCGCAUUGCAGUGGGCGCCAACAAGCUGCAGAUCGAGAUUCCUUUGGAUGUUGUCUCCGAUAUCCCGUCCAAGGUCGACACGUCUAUGGCUUACGUCGGCAGCAAGUACAACGCGCUUCCGUGGAAAGACUUCGUCGACAUCAAAAUCGACGCCAACAACCUCAUCGAGGCAGACGUGAAGUCGGCCCUGACCGAUCUGGACUGGUUCGGCAAGAUCGGCACCCUGUACGCCGGGAAGGCGGCGGAGGCAGAGAUCGACGUCGCGACGAAAGCCAUAGGCGCUAUGAGGCCCCUCAAGUACCCCGUGGCCAAGCAGUGAGCCGUGGAUUGCGCUUGCAGCCGUAUGCAUCGAUCGUUGAUUGACCGUCGAGGGGACGGCCGCUUGCAGUGUGGCGGCCGCGUGACGGGCGCCUCUGUUCGCCUCUGCAGGAUGCUUGUGCCCUCUUCCCUCCUGCUCCUCCUAUUCGCCUCCUCCCUCCACCCCCCCUCCCGCUCCCCCCUCUUCUGUCUCCUCCGCGCUGCACCUCC